AUGCUGACUCAGGUUCAAUCAUCACGGCCUCAGGCUUUGGACAUUGUGCGCUAUCCUAAAUGGAAUACUCAGCAGAUAACCAGAGAGCAUCCGUUCUCCGAACACGACAACAAGCAUGCCUUGAAAGACAGCAUCUCCGUCUUCGCUCACGGUGUCGGGCGCAGGAAGUUCCUUCAUCAUCACAGACAGCAAAACCCCCACUUGUUGUGCCACCUUGGCGCUGACGGCGGCCCCGAGGCGACUGAGCGGAGCGUCACGGUCCACCAGACUGACUUUACAGCGAAGCGGGCCGCCGAUGUUGCGACCGGCUACAGGCGGUUCCCCCGCGACCACAAGCAGAAGUCCGCAGAGGCCGCUUCGUCGCACGGGGGCGAGACAUUCUUGUGGUUUGGACGACUCGACUCCACGCGGUCUGAGGCGCUGCGAGUGCAAGCAGCUCCCGGCUGUUCGGCCCCGUCCGAGCCGUAAGACCGCGAUGGAUUAGACGCCUAUCGAGGGGGUGCAGCAUAGAGGGCGUUCAUGUGAGCUCUGGAGGCCCAGCUGUCAAAUAAAGGACUGAAUUAGUA